CUGCUCUCCCUGGGUCCCAGACAGCCUCUUGGCCUUGGAGCUCCUCGUCCGCUUUUGCUGUGCCUUGCCUUGUCCGGGAUAGUUGUACUUCCAGACCUGUGAUGGAUGCCCUGCAACUGGCAAAUUCAGCUUUUGCUGUUGACCUGUUCAAACAACUGUGUGAAAAGGAGCCAGUGGACAAUGUCCUCUUCUCUCCAAUCUGCCUCUCUACCUCUCUGUCACUUGCUCAAGUAGGCACCAAAGGUGACACAGCAAAUGAAAUUGGACAGGUUCUUCACUUUGAAAAUGUCAAAGACGUGCCCUUUGGCUUUCAAACAGUCACAUCGGAUGUCAACAAACUUAGUUCUUUUUACUCACUGAAACUAAUCAAGCGACUCUAUGUGGACAAAUCUCUGAACCCUUCCACGGAAUUCAUUAGUUCUACAAAGAGACCUUAUGCAAAGGAAUUGGAAACCGUUGACUUCAAAGAUAAGUUGGAAGAAACCAAAGGCCAGAUCAAUGACUCAGUUAAGGAGCUCACAGACGGUCACUUUGAGAACAUUCUAGGUGACAGUAUAAAUGACCAGACCAAAAUCCUUGUGGUAAACGCUGCCUACUUUGUUGGAAAGUGGAUGAAGAAAUUUCCCGAAUCAGAAACAAAAGAAUGCCCUUUCAGAAUCAACAAGACAGACACCAAGCCGGUGCAGAUGAUGAAUAUGGAGGCCACCUUCUGUAUGGGGAAUAUUGAGGAGAUUAAUUGUAAGGUCAUAGAACUUCCUUUUCAAAAUAAGCACCUCAGCAUGCUCAUUCUGCUGCCCAAAGAUGUGGAGGACGAGUCAACAGGCCUGGAGAAGAUUGAAAAACAGCUCAACUCAGAGACACUAUUGCAGUGGACAAAUCCCAGCACCAUGGCUAACGCCAAAGUCAAACUCUCCAUUCCAAAAUUUAAGGUGGAAAAGCUGAUUGAUCCCAAAGCUAGUCUGGAGAACCUAGGGAUGAAAACAAUCUUUGAUGAAAGUACCUCUGAUUUUUCUGGAAUGUCGGAAACCAAGGGAGUGACCCUGUCGCAUGUCAUUCACAGAGUGUGUUUAGAAAUCAGUGAAGAUGGUGGGGAGUCUAUAGAGGUACCUGGCUCCCGGAUCCUGCAGCACAAGGAUGAAUUCAAUGCUGACCACCCGUUUAUUUACAUCAUUAGACACAAUAAAACUAGGAACAUCGUUUUCUUAGGCAAGUUCUGUUCUCCUUAAGCAGGGCAGUCCAUGCUGAAUCCCCCUGGACUUGUCCCACAAGUUCUGCAUCCAGAGACUCACUUUGUAAUUCAACCAGUGCUCAAUGUUGUGGCUCAGGAAGCAGUUUGUACUCGUCCGGGUAGCCUCCAUGUUAGUGGACCCUUCCUUUCCGAUUCUUGAAUUUCUCUUGUUCCUCAUAGAAGAUGAUGACAAAGACAGGAGUCGUCUUAGAGUAAAAAUAUUUAUUCACUAUGAUGGGGUCUUCAAAAUGGUUUUGGAAAAUGACUAUUUUGAAAAAUACUGUCUGGAUUUUGAAUUUUUUUUUUUGCACCAAAAAUAAACUCACCUUUUAAUUCCAUUUUUUUGGGCAAACUUUUAAAAAUACACCUAAGUCUGUAUUUGUCAGGCUUUCUGUGGUUAUUAGCAGAAAUACAGUCUUCUGCAAAGAAAAACACUAAGGCUGCUCUGGGGGACUUACCUUCAGAGCUUUACUGUCCUUCAUUGCGAUGUAGAAAAUUCUAGAUAAUUUGAUUUUUGGAAAAACUGAAGAAACUGUAGUGUUUGAGACACACAGAAUUGCUCUUUCCUCAGAGAAACUUGGGCUUAUGUUCAUGCUAGGAAAUUCAUCUGGGAAAUAGAUA